AUGGCAUCAAAAAGGUCAAUGAAAAUCUGCAGCAUAGCUCAGAAGUCUUCAGCUGACGAGCAUAAUGGACCGAAACCGAAGUCUCAACCUACUCAACCCCUUCGAUUGGCUGACAGUUCCUCAAAGCGAGGAUGCAACUCAAAGGUUUUGAAUCCAAACCCAGAGCCACACAGAAAGAAGCUGAACUUCACGCCGCCCAAAAAGAGUUUGUCUGCUCAAAGGGAACAGCAUGGCCAUCUCGUUUCCACCCAGAAGCCUGCAAGUGGAACGAUUGAUCUGGAACGGAGUAGACAGAGGGCAGGACUAGGUCAUCUCAAAGCCACCUUGGAGUCUGAAUGUGGAAACAGCAGGAGCUACCUUGCAGAAGAUUCUCAAAGUGCCUCCUCACAACAAGCUCCUAAAGACUCCAUCAAAGAUUUUUCUAGCCUGAAGAAACCAUCCGACCAUAACAACACUAUCUCGCCUGGAAGUGGCAGCGGUAAUCAAGAAAAGACACGAAUUGAAUCUGGGGAUCAGGACUUGAAUGACUCAAACACAAGCUUGUCUGCUCAAAGGGAACAGCAUGGCCAUCUCGUUUCCACCCAGAAGCCUGCAAGUGGAACGAUUGAUCUGGAACGGAGUAGACAGAGGGCAGGACUAGGUCAUCUCAAAGCCACCUUGGAGUCUGAAUGUGGAAACAGCAGGAGCUACCUUGCAGAAGAUUCUCAAAGUGCCUCCUCACAACAAGCUCCUAAAGACUCCAUCAAAGAUUUUUCUAGCCUGAAGAAACCAAUUGACCAUCCCAACAACACUAUCUUGCCUGGAAGCGGCAGCGGUAAUCUUCAAGGAAAGACACAAAUUGAAUCUGGGGAUCUGGACUUGGAUGACUCAAACACAAGCUUGUCUGCUCAAAGGGAACAGCAUGACCAUCUUACCACCCGGACUGCAAGUGGAGCAAUUAAUCUGGAACGGAGUGGACAGGGGGUGGGAUAUGAUCAUCUCAAUGGUGCCUUGGAGUCUAAAUGUGGAAACAGCAGGAGCAACCUUGAAGAAGACUCUCAAAUUGACUCUGCACAACAAGCUCCUAUUGACUUCACUAAAGAUCUACCAGAACUUGUUCACGAUGAUGAUCCUCUCAACACUAGCUUGGAGACAAGUUUUACAGAUUUGUUGAAGCCAAAUGAGAAGAACGCCUGGGAAGAUGAUAUUUCUUCAGUAACAGUGCUGGGAAUUCAGACUGAAAGUGGAUUUUCCUUUUCUUCUGGUGAACUUCAAGUGGAUUCUUCACCUAUAAUCACUGAUGCAAUUUUUGAGUGUCUAAGUCCUGAAACACCUUCUUCUCAAAUUGUUCUGGAAGUAAGGGAAGCACCUGUUGAAAAUUUAGAUACUAGUACAGCUGAUCAUGAUAUCUCUAUUGACUCCACUCCUGAAUCACGGAAGAGAACCAGGUCUGCGACACCAAGAUCUGGCAGUCCUGUUCGAAAGCGUUCGAGGAAUUCGGCUCUAUGGAAAACUAAUAUUAGAAAGACAGCAGCUAACUCUGGCCAAGAAUAUGUGUCUGCAAGGGGGAAGUUAGUGAAAGCAAGACAAAUGAGACUACCCUGCUCAUGCAAAUUGGAUUGUGUACAUAGACUAUCUGAAGAACAACGGAAAAAAGUUUUUGAUACAUUUUGGCAAUUGGCAAGCCAUGACCGGCAGUGGGAAUUCAUUCGAAACUUUUCUGUGAACAAACCCACUAAGGGUAAGGAUGACCAAGAACCCAAAAAAAGAAAAUGUUCUCGCUCAUAUUUUUUUGAAGUUGAUGGUGAAACCAUAACUGUUUGCAAGAAAAUGUUCAUGUGUACCUUAGAUAUCUGGGAUGGAUGGAUUGAUAGCGCUUACAGCCAUGUAAACCCUCAGAAAGGAAAAGUGGCAACACCAGACAAAAGGGGUCGCCAUGCAAACCAUCCCAAAGUUAUUACUCCAGAAAAAAUUAAAACGGUCACAGAACAUGUAGCAGAGUUUCCAAGAGUACCAUCGCACUAUUGCAGGGCAAGUACUAAACGUGAGUAUUUACAAAGAGGUCUGAGUCUGAGAAAAAUGGCAAAAUUGUAUCAGAGCUGGGCUGAGUCUAAAAAUCUUCCCCAUGCAUCAAGAGCUACUAUAAGACAAUAUAUAGACAUUGUAAAUUUGCAUUUCAACUUGGGUUUUUUUAAACCAAAAAAAGACCAGUGUAAACUGUGUGUCUUCAUGGGAAGCAAACACAACACUCCAAGAUUGAAAGCUCAAUACAAAGAUAUCUAUGCUACCCAUAUCAAGAACAAACAGAGGGUGAAAAAAAUUAAAGAGCAAGACAAGGCUGCUGCUGAGAAAGAUAGAACAAUUGCCCUUUGCUCUUUUGAUUUACAGAAGCAACUCAAUCUGCCUCAUUCUCAGGCUUCACCCUUUUAUUAUCACAGUAAGCUAACUCUGUACAACUUCACUGUGUUCCAUUCUAUCAAGAGGCUUGGGUGCUGUUUUUUGUGGCAUGAGGGAAUGGCAAAGAAAGGAUCCAAUGAAAUUUCAAGUUCUCUUCUCUACUACAUUUCUGAACUUGUAAAGGAAGGCUACAAAGAGUUAAUUUUUUACUCUGAUAACUGUGGAGGACAGAACAAGAACCGCUUCAUUUUCAGUAUGUUACAGUUGGCUGCAGUUCGUUAUUCGGUGAAAAUCACUCACAGGUUUCUAGAAACUGGACACACCAUGAUGGAAGUUGAUUCCAUCCAUGCCAGAAUUGAAAAUUCGACUGAGUUUUCUGAACUGUUUGAUUUUGAUGAUUGGAUUAAGGCCAUCGAGGAUGCAAAAGAAGAGUUGCCGAAAUAUGAAGUGAUACCCUUUAAGAAAGGGUUUGUUCGCACUUUCAAACCUUUAGUGGAGACCCUGCAAACUUGGGAAAAAGAUAUGAAAGGUAACAAAAUACAAUGGCAAAAGGUGAAAGAAAUUUGCAUCAAUGGAGCAGAGGGCAACAAGGUACACUUAAAGUAUGAUUAUGAUGGUGAGACGGUAACUCUUAAUCCGAACAAGCCUGGACGACCGGUUAAUUUGAAGACUUACCAGCCACCCCAAGCCUAUGAGGGGGCAAUUCCCUUACCUGCAUCCACCAUUGCGGGCAUAAAAAAAUUUUGUAAAGAAAAAGACAUUCCAGAAUUGAAGCAGCCUUUUUAUGAUGAUGUCUUAGCUGGGUGUUGGCCAACGGAUGAAGAUGCUGCUUCAGAUGUUGAGGAUGAUCCCAUGGAAGCUCUCUGUGUUGGUGACGCACUGGAAGAAGAGACUAAUAAGGGUGAGGGAGAUAGAGAAGAAGAAGAUGAGGAACGUGCUGAAGAUGAAGAUGAUGAAGAUGAUUACGAUUGAAUUGUUUCAUUGGUGUGCUUUCUUUCAUCAUACUAUUUUUCAUGAACCAUCAUGCUGUGCAUGCGCAUGGAAUAGAAUGUGCAAUAAUUUUUUUUUGUGUGUCUCU